GCUGGGUCCGAGCAUCCCGCGGCUCCGGACCCCCCGGCCCGGACAUGGCGACCGUCCGGGCCUCCCCGCGUGGCGCGCUACUGCUUCUCCUGGCCGUGGCAGGGGUCGCGGAGGUGGCAGGGGGCCUGGACCCGGGCAGUGCGGGUGCGCUGUGUUGUAAUCAUUCAAAGGAUAACCAAAUGUGCCGCGAUGUAUGUGAGCAGAUAUUCUCCUCAAAAAGUGAAUCCCGACUAAAACAUCUGUUGCAGCGAGCCCCAGACUAUUGCCCUGAAACAAUGGUUGAAAUUUGGAGUUGUAUGAAUUCAUCUUUGCCAGGUGUGUUUAAGAAGUCUGAUGGCUGGGUUGGCUUAGGCUGCUGUGAACUGGCUAUUACCUUGGAGUGUCGACAGGCAUGCAAGCAGGCAUCUUCAAAAAAUGAUAUUUCCAGAGUUUGCAGAAAAGAAUAUGAGAAUGCUCUUUUCAGUUGCAUUAGCAGAAAUGAAAAUCCAACGUGGAAGGAAGCUGUUCCAGUGGUUCUCAACAUGGGUGCUAUUAGCAUUUUGGGAGACAGUUUCGAUUAUAUGAGACUUUCCUUGGGCUCAGUUUGUUGCAGUUAUGCAGGCCAUCACACAAACUGCCGAGAAUACUGUCAAGCCAUUUUUCGAACAGACUCUUCUCCUGGUCCUUCUCAGAUCAAAGCAGUGGAAAAUUAUUGUGCCUCUAUUAGUCCACAAUUAAUACACUGUGUAAACAAUUAUACCCAAUCUUAUCCAAUGAGGAACCCAACAGAUAGUUUAUAUUGCUGUGACAGAGCUGAAGAUCAUGCUUGCCAAAAUGCCUGCAAGAGAAUUCUGAUGUCUAAGAAAACAGAAAUGGAGAUUGUUGAUGGCCUCAUCGAGGGUUGUAAGACCCAGCCUUUGCCUCAGGAUCCACUUUGGCAGUGUUUUCUUGAAAGCUCACAAUCUGUUCACCCUGGAGUCACUGUACACCCUCCUCCCUCUACAGGCCUUGAUGGCGCUAAAUUGCACUGUUGUUCUAAAGCAAACACUUCAACGUGUAGGGAACUGUGCACUAAACUUUAUAGCAUGAGCUGGGGCAAUACACAGAGUUGGCAAGAGUUUGAUCGCUUUUGUGAAUAUAAUCCAGUGGAAGUGUCCAUGUUGACCUGUUUAGCAGAUGUUCGGGAACCUUGCCAGUUGGGCUGUAGAAAUCUUACCUACUGUACUAAUUUUAACAACAGACCAACAGAACUUUUCAGGAGUUGCAAUGCUCAGUCAGAUCAAGGAGCCAUGAAUGACAUGAAGCUGUGGGAGAAAGGAAGCAUAAAGAUGCCAUUUAUCAACAUACCUGUUCUUGACAUUAAAAAGUGCCAGCCAGAAAUGUGGAAAGCAAUAGCUUGUUCACUGCAGAUUAAACCUUGUCAUAGUAAAUCCCGGGGAAGUAUUAUUUGCAAAUCAGAUUGUGUGGAGAUUCUGAAGAAAUGUGGGGACCAGAACAAAUUCCCUGAAGACCACACAGCUGAAAGUAUUUGUGAGCUUCUGUCACCUACAGAUGACCUGGAGAACUGUAUACCUUUGGAUACAUAUCUCAGACCAAGUACUUUGGGUAACAUUGUAGAAGAAGUGACUCAUCCCUGUAACCCAAAUCCUUGCCCUGCUAAUGAGCUCUGUGAGGUAAACCGGAAAGGGUGUCCGUCUGGUGAUCCCUGCCUUCCAUACUCUUGUGUUCAAGGUUGCAAAUUGGGAGAAGCAUCUGAUUUUAUUGUCCGUCAAGGGACACUGAUCCAAGUGCCAUCAUCUGCAGGGGAAGUUGGUUGUUAUAAAAUUUGCUCAUGCGGGCAAAGUGGACUCUUAGAAAACUGUAUAGAGAUGCACUGUAUAGACCUUCAGAAGUCUUGUAUUGUUGGAGGAAAAAGAAAAAGUCAUGGAACUUCCUUUAAUAUUGACUGCAAUAUCUGUUCUUGUUUUGCUGGUAAUUUGGUGUGUUCUACCCGCCUGUGUCUCAGUGAGCACAGCUCAGAAGAUGACCGUCGUACCUUCACAGGUCUGCCCUGCAACUGUGCAGAUCAGUUUGUCCCUGUGUGUGGGCAGAAUGGACGCACUUACCCCAGUGCCUGCAUUGCUCGCUGUGUGGGCCUCCAAGACCAUCAGUUUGAGUUUGGAUCAUGCAUCUCAAAGGAUCCAUGUACUCCUAACCCCUGCCCAAAAAACCAAAGAUGCAUACCCAAACCACAAGUCUGCCUGACAACUUUUGAUAAAUUUGGAUGUAGCCAAUAUGAGUGUUUGCCAAGACAGCUCACCUGUGACCAGGUCCGAGAUCCUGUUUGUGAUACAAACCACAUGGAGCACAGCAAUCUCUGCACUUUGUACCAGAGGGGGAAGAGCCUCUUAUACAAAGGCCCGUGCCAGCCCUUCUGCAGAGCCCCAGAGCCCAUCUGCGGGCACAACGGGGAGACCUACAGUAGCGUGUGUGCUGCCUACUCGGACCGGGUGGCGGUCGAUUACUAUGGGCCCUGCCAGGCUGUCGGGGUCCUCUCUGAGCACAGUUCUGUCACUGAGUGUGCUGCUGUGAAAUGUCCUUCGCUCUCAGCGACCGAAUGCAAACCCAUCAUCCCACCCGGUGCUUGUUGCCCGUUAUGUGCUGGGAUGUUAAGAGUUUUAUUUGACAAAGAAAAACUGGAUACUAUUGCUAAGGUGGCAAACAAAAAGCCAAUAACCGUUCUGGAAAUACUUCAGAAGAUCCGCAUGCAUGUGUCUGUCCCACAGUGUGACGUAUUUGGAUACUUCAGCAUCGAAUCAGAAAUUGUGAUCCUGAUCAUUCCUGUGGAUCAUUAUCCAAAAGCUUUGCAGAUUGAGGCUUGCAAUAAGGAAGCAGAGAAGAUCGAAUCCCUUAUCAACUCCGACAGCCCUACUCUGGCGGCCCACGUCCCUCUGUCCGCCCUCAUCAUUUCUCAGGUGCAGGUCUCCAGCAGUGUGCUUUCGGCCGCUGCCAGGGCCCAGCCUCCCUGCCACUCCCACCUCUUCCUCCUCAUCCUGGGUCUCGCCUUGCACAGGGUCUGGACACACAACUGACUGCCCACGAAAAGUGCAAAAUAUUCCUCGAUCUAAUCUUUCUACUUUGGAAAAGACGUACAGGACUGCUGGUUUAUAGUUGAAUAGUGGCCAAGUCAAAGCACUUGUCACCUCUAACCUCUAUGCACCACACAGUAUUUUUCUUAAUCACCAGUGUUAGUAAGGGUUUUGUUUUGUUUCUACAAAUGUUACAAUACGUUCUUCCAAAUACUGAUGAAAAGAGGAUGUCUCCUUCUGGCGGAUCACUGCCUUACAAUUUACAUUUUGCUCAUUAGAUGUGUCCCCCACUCUAAAACAAAUUCUAUAUCAUUGGUAAAUGAGAUGAUCACAUUGUAGAAAUAUAGCUCACUUUACUGUGGGCUUCGUAUCACAAAAACUUCAUUUCCAAGUUCUUUUUAGUAUUAAAGUGCCCCUAGAGUGUGUGUUUGUUUACAGAUAUUCCCUACUCUGUCUAGAAGUGAGGGGUCAGAGCAAAGAGCCACUGCUAUUAGAGUAUGAAAUAAAGAUAAGGCAUCUUUGGAAUUAUCAUAUAAAUCAUCAGGCAAAUUUAAUUUACAGAAAUCUAAUUCAGGAUUCCAUUUAAUGUGGUAAGCAAAAGCAAGCUAAGUAAACGGCACUCAUAUAAUAUAUUGUAAGUGACAGUCUCAGUGGUUCCUAAUGUGUGUCUGUGACUUUUGUGAAAGGGAGAAGUUAUAUCCCAUCAAAGCGACUUGUAUUAUGCAUUUUUAUAUUAACCAGAUGUAUAUUCUUUGGUAUCAUCCAAGUUAAAUUUAGAGUUUUUAAAGAUUGACCUUUAAACCAAUUGCUGCUACUUAUGUAAUUGCCAAAAAGUGAAAUAAUUAGUAGUUCGUGUAAAUAAUACAUGAUUUUUCUAUUUUAUUAUGAAGAAGGUGAAUAGCCAUAUUUGUAAAAUGACAAUCAUGUGUGUUAACCCAGUACUUUCCGUUCAUGAAGACACAUUUGCUUUUUGUGAUAUGCACAGUGUAGAUAAGUGUUCUGUUUGACUUUCUUUUUUGACAUAGAAUUAUAAAGAAUUGUGGUUUAUAUAUUUAAAAGUGUCAAUCUAAGUUUGAAAAUGUUUGCAUGUUGUCUAAGAAAUUGAAUACUUUGAAUGUGUUUCACAGUUUGAAAUAAGCUAUUCAGUGUAAUACUUCUUGUUUAUAUGCACCUAAGCUUAGAUUUUACAUGAAGUGUUUUUUUCAGUGUUAUAUGUACCUUCUGAAAAAUAUAGGGAUAUGCAUAUUAUACCAAAAUGUUGUUUAAAAGUGGGCACUUAGGGCUUCCCUGGUGGCGCAGUGGUUGAGAGUCCGCCUGCCGAUGCAGGGGACACGGGUUUGUGCCCCGGUCCGGGAAGAUCCCACAUGCUGCGU